AUGACAGCCACAAGAGAGCCAGUAGUCGGCGAUAGCCAGUUCAACGGGCAGUUCGGGCCGCCAUCAGAACGCGCGGUGAAGAAGCUUAAGGGCCACCUCACUCCGUGGGUGCAGGAGUUCGUCAGUAACGCCCCCUUUGUGGUGAUGGCCAGCGCCGAUGCCGAUGGCCGCUGCGACGCCUCCCCCAAGGGCGGCAAGCCCGGCUUCGUCAAGUCCUACCAGAACAUCGAGACCAGCCCCUACGUCGGCCUUAUCUUCUUCAUCCCCGGCAAAUCAACGACACAGUCCGCGUCAAACGGUCGCGCCAGUGUCGUCAGCAAAGCCGAGCUCGAUCAGCAGAACAUCGAGCUCGCCCUUUACGAGACCGACGACAACUCCCGCCACCUCCAGGGCCUGCUCAUCGAGGUCGAGGAGUCCUACAGCCACUGCCCCCGCGCUCUCAAAUUCUCCAAGCUCUGGGACGCAGAGGAGGUCGCCAGCAACCGCGCCAACCCGCCCAUCAGCGAGCGCACCGACGAGAACUACUGGGCCCACGAGGCCGGGGCGUAG